GUUUGAUGGCCGGAGGAAGAAGCGACUGAGAUUCUGGCGUGAAGGAAGAAACAAGAGGGACGAAGACGGUGGGAAAGAGAAGAAGGGCCACUUGCUUAAAGUUGGAGAUUGCCUCGAAACGUUGGAACGCUCAAACGGGACUCAGACUUGCCUUUUUGGGUGAAAACCGCCGUAUCUCUGCGCCGGUGUAUCGCGCCCCCUCAGCGGGUUAAAACUGGGUUCGGGGAGUGCCGCUCCUCGGUGGCUAAAUUUGAUAAAUCUGAGCGCCUACGCCGAGAGAGGAGAGACAACGUUUAGCUGUUUCCAGUCAAUGUGAUUCAGACAGCGGAUACAUUCGACUGAACGCGGAUCAGCAAGAGUCUAGGCGGCGGAGCAAAAGCACACCAUUAGUAGAGGAAAAUGAGCGAACUGGAUCAGCUACGCCAGGAGGCUGAGCAGCUCAAGAACCAAAUCAGAGAUGCCAGGAAAGCGUGUGCAGAUGCUACCCUGUCUCAGAUCACAGCUAACAUUGACCCUGUUGGCCGAAUUCAGAUGCGCACCAGACGGACGCUGAGAGGUCAUCUGGCUAAAAUCUAUGCCAUGCACUGGGGAACUGACUCGAGGCUUUUGGUCAGCGCCUCCCAGGAUGGCAAACUCAUUAUUUGGGACAGCUAUACCACAAACAAGGUCCAUGCCAUCCCGUUGCGCUCCUCCUGGGUGAUGACGUGCGCCUACGCCCCUUCUGGGAACUACGUCGCCUGUGGUGGCCUGGAUAACAUCUGCUCCAUCUACAAUCUGAAGACCCGUGAAGGAAAUGUGCGCGUCAGCCGCGAGCUGGCUGGACACACAGGUUACUUGUCCUGCUGUCGCUUCCUGGAUGACAACCAAAUAGUCACCAGCUCUGGAGACACCACCUGCGCUCUGUGGGACAUCGAGACCGGUCAGCAGACGACUACGUUUGCCGGACACACCGGCGAUGUGAUGAGUCUCUCCCUGGCGCCCGACACGAGGCUGUUUGUGUCCGGAGCCUGCGAUGCCUCAGCCAAGCUCUGGGACAUCAGAGAAGGAAUGUGCCGACAGACCUUCACCGGCCACGAGUCAGACAUCAAUGCCAUCUGUUUCUUCCCUAAUGGCAACGCUUUUGCCACGGGCUCCGACGACGCCACCUGCAGGCUCUUUGACCUGCGCGCCGACCAGGAGCUGAUGGUUUACUCACACGACAACAUCAUCUGCGGUAUCACCUCUGUAGCUUUCUCCAAGAGCGGCCGUUUACUCCUGGCUGGAUAUGACGAUUUCAACUGCAACGUCUGGGACGCGUUGAAGGGCGACCGUGCAGGUGUCCUGGCUGGUCACGAUAACCGAGUGAGCUGCUUGGGUGUGACUGACGACGGCAUGGCAGUGGCAACAGGGUCCUGGGACAGCUUCCUUAAGAUCUGGAACUAGAGUCUAAAGAUGGCAUCCGGACUCCAAAGUUGAGUGCAAGACCAUUCCAACAUCACAAUGUUCAAUUUUAUUGCAUAUCCAAUCUUUUUGAAAAACACCAUGAUACUGACUCCAAACACCCCCCCACCCCCACCCUCCACUCCCCAAAAAAACUAUCAAGGGCAAAAAUUCUCUUCUGUCUCCUUCUCAUUUAAAAGAGCACAAUUGUCUGUAACUCAUCCAGCUCGAAAAAAGACACGAAACCUUUGAAGGUGGAGGGGAAAGUUGUGCGUUCCUGACCGUGGUCUGGUAUUGUAAUUAGUGAUUAAAAAAACCAGAAACCCCCCCCCCCCCCCCUAAGCAGACAUGUUCCUCAUCCUCAUUAUGCACAGGUCUGAGUGAAGGUUAUUGCACGCCGGUGAUCUAAUUCUUUCAUCACUUUUUCACCACCUUUUAUCUUGUUUCCUGCUGAAGAGACGUAGGUCAGCCAUGUUUAUAACGAGGAUCAAAGCUUUGUUUUACUUCCUAGUCUUUACACGUUUUAGAGAAUGUUUUUAGGUAGAACAACGUCCAGUCGAGCUCCAGAUCGCGUCAUUUUGUUUUUUAGGUCCAGCUUCAUCCCACCGGAGAGAGUUCAGCUUCAACAGGGAGUCCUCGCGCCACAUCUGGUCCUUCUGUAUAUUUAGCUCCAUGAUACUUUACCGUUUCUUUUUUCCAGUGUAGUCCACGGAUCUUUGUUUGCACAAAAGUAAAACUUUGCAUAUAUAGGAUAAUGUCUAAAGAAAAAGUCGACUAACCAAGCACAUGCUGUUUAUGAUGAUGAUGAAUGCUCGUUUUUAAAACGGAAAACAAAGAAAAAAAAACACGUUUUAACCAUUCUGACAACAGUGUAGAAUAAUUAAAGAUUAACCCAUCGGACCCUUUUUAUUAUCAUUUUUGUUUAGAUUCUCUUUUCCCCGGUUUUCGUUUGCUGCCGCCGGGACUGGUCCUGCGAUCCGGCCGAGUUGAGACAACUUCCGCUUUAUCCCGGUCACAACCCGGAUCUUUCCAUUAACAGAGGUGCCCAUUCCGCGCUUGGAAAUGCAGUUACUACUCUGUGAAUGACAUGUUGUAUAAAUCAAUGUUUGAAAAUAAUGAUAUUGAAACUUUUUAAGUUAAAAACGAAAAAAAAAAAAGAUUUUGGUUGUCUGCCAUGGGUGGGUUAUCUCUUAGAGUCGCAUGCUGUAGAAUUGCUUAAAAAGGUGCAUAUGGAAUUAAGUCCUUUUGAUGUUUUACUUUUAAGAAACUAACCUGUUGAAUAUAUCCGUACAAUGGUAUUUAUAUUUUUCUUUUCUUUUUGGCUACUCUGCAUACAUGAUUCAACUAAAUUGUCGAGCUAUGCACUGGAGAGCAAACCCCGCGACAUCAACGGUUACUCGGGCCAUUCUUGGGAGGGAUUCCCCAAAUUUAGACGUAACGGAAAAGCUUAAAUUGUACACAUUCAUUUACCUAAACAUAAACAAUCCAAAUGGAACAAAGAACGUUUUCAUUCCUUCUGUAGCAAACACAAUUCCAUUGACAGAAACAUUUUAUAACAGGUUUUUUUUUUGUCCUUUUAAUAGGAAAAAAACGUUUUUAAAAAGUAUCUUGCAGCAUCUGAAUGGCAGAAUUUUCUGUUCUCUUAAACAAAUGCACUCUUUCUUUAGCGGUAGGAACAUUAUUUUCCAUUUUGUUAUUUCUCUGCAACAUUCUGUUCAAAAAUGUGCUGUAAUUGUGCGUUAGGCCUGGAGUUGGCAAGUAAUAAAACAAAAUAAAAAUAUUAAAAAUGAUUAAAUUCCUUUUUCCUUUUCUCUUCAUCAAAUAACUGUAGAGCUCUGCACCCCCCCUCCCCCGCGCUCCCUUUUCACCUUUUGUAUUUAAUUUUAAGUCAGUCAGUGUACAACAGAAAGCUGGAUGCAAGAUAGAAACUAUAUUAAAAUGUACUGUUAUUUAAGAUGUAAUAAAAAGCAGUUUGAGAUGACCUACUGUGUUGAGUGUGAUUCACUUAGAGCGAUUCCCACUGAAGCUAGAAUGUUGCAGACUGUUUGGUUUCCUUGUAAUUAUGUUAAAGUCAAAUAAACAAUUUCUUAUCCACUGUUGAA